UUUCGUGACGUUACGAGGACCAUUUCCGAACACACUCUGGCGGGAGUGUGAAUGUUAUCCUCGAGCUAAAAAAUAACCGAGAACUACAAACAAAACACCUGCCAAGGCAAGCUUUUGUUUAUUUUAUUUUGAAAAAGAAUCUAGCGCCAAGCAAGUGUUAUAUUGCAAGCAAUUGAAAUUUACUAAGUUUGCAGGAGAGAAGACGGUAACAACCAUCCGAAGAUUCAGUCUCUUUCGUCAAAGAGACUGAAUUGUUUAACGUUGGCUAGUUUAUUGUUUUCCGUCCUGCCUUUAUCUGCAACGUCAAGGGAGAUAAACGAGCUAAAUUCGAUUAAUUUUCAAAUUAUUAAUCGGCUACCCUUUCAAGACUACUGAAAAUAAAUGGCUAAAGUUCAAGUGUUGAAUGUCGCUGUGUUGGACAACCCAAGUCCUUUUGGGAACCCGUUUCAGUUCGAGAUUACGUUCGAGUGCAUGGAGGAUUUACCGGAGGACCUGGAGUGGAAAAUCAUCUAUGUGGGCUCAGCAGAGAGCGAGGAGUAUGAUCAGACUCUGGACUCAGUUCUGGUCGGACCGGUACCAGCAGGCAGACACAUGUUCGUGUUCCAGGCGGAUGCCCCCAACACCGGGCUGAUUCCUGAGAGUGAUGCUGUGGGGGUAACCGUGGCGCUCAUCACCUGCACCUACAACGGACAGGAGUUCAUCCGUAUCGGUUACUAUGUCAACAAUGAAUACACCGACCCAGAGCUCCGAGAGAACCCACCGGUCAAACCAGACUACACACAGCUGCAGAGGAACAUCCUGGCCUCUAACCCCCGUGUGACCCGGUUCCAUAUCAACUGGGACGGCUGUUCAGACAAGAUGGAGGACAGUGAGAACGUAGACCCAUCCCCCAACAGCAGCAGUAGCAGCAGCAUGGUGCCCUCCUCCUGUUUAGCUGGCAAGGCGUUACCUGUAGGACUGAUGUCUGGUAGCUCCAUGGACUGUCUGUAGAACACAGCCACCCCUCCAGCAUUGCCUUGCCACGUUCUACUCCAGCAGUCGCCAGUCUUUGGCAGGAAGGUUGAGUCACUUAUUAUAAACCAGCUGUACUGUAGGGUGUACGGUCUCCCUCCUUCACACAGCAACACCUCCCUCUGUCUCCACUGGCACCCUAUUCCCUCCAUAGUGCACAACCUUUUUAAACAGGGCCCUCUGCUCCAAUGUAGUGCACUACCUUUGUAAACAGGGCCCUCUGCUCCAAUGUAGUGCACUACCUUUGUAAACAGGGCCCUCUGCUCCAAUGUAGUGCACUACCUUUUUAAACAGGGCCCUCUGCUCCAGUGUAGUGCACUACCUUUUUAAACAGGGCCCUCUGCUCCAAUGUAGUGCACUACCUUUGUAAACAGGGCCCUCUGCUCCAAUGUAGUGCACUACCUUUGGAAACAGGGCCCUCUGCUCCAAUGUAGUGCACUACCUUUGUAAACAGGGCCCUCUGCUCCAAUGUAGUGCACUACCUUUGUA